CAUUGUGUAGUCCUCCUAGACAUACAUACAUACAUCUCUACCUGGCCUGGCCUGGACCUCCAUGCAUACACUACAUUAAACUCCAAUCCAUCCACACAUAUACAUACACAUAUUAGUUCAAUUCAUUGCUAGCUAGCUACUUCUCAUAGCUACCUGGCCUAUUUUAUAAGCUAAUUCAUCUCAUCAUCAUGGUUUUCUCUGGCCAUGUUGACUGGCCUUUUGCUUUCGGUGUUCUUGGAAACAUCAUCUCGUUCAUCGUCUUCCUUUCUCCAAUGCCAACAUUCUACAAGAUGUACAAGAAGAGAUCGACGGAAGGAUAUCAAUCAAUUCCAUAUGUGGUUGGACUAUUCAGUGCGUUGCUUUGGAUAUACUACGCUUUAGUGAAAGCCCAAAACACAACCCUCCUCAUCACCAUCAACGCCUUCGGCUGCUUCAUCGAGACCAUUUACAUUGCUUUCUUCCUCGUCUACUCAUCGAAUAACACCAGGAUGCGUACGAGCAAGGUUCUUGUUUUGUUUGUGGGUGCCGGGUCUGCCGCAAUUGUUGGGGUAACUCAAUACCUAUUCAAAGGCGCCGUUCGGGUGGAAGUUGUGGGAUGGAUUUGCCUUGUCUUUGCCUUGUGUGUCUUCGUUGCACCGCUUUGCAUUCUCAGGCAAGUGAUUAAAACGAAGAGUGUUGAAAACAUGCCUUUGCUCCUCUCACUUUUCCUCACCGUUAGUGCAGUGGUCUGGUUCUUUUACGGCUUCUUCCAAAAAGACAUGAACAUUACCGUGCCAAAUGUAUUGGGGUUCUUCUUUGGAAUCGUUCAAAUUGGGCUGUACGUGAUGUACAAGGACAAGAAGAAGGAGAUGGCAAAGGAUGGUGAGGUGGGAAAAUUACCUCCUGCAGUUGUAAUCCUGGACAACAAUACUGCUAUUAAUAAUGAUGAUGAUGAGAAUAACUGCAGGCCAAAACAGCAGCAGGUUGUUGGUACUGAGCUGACUCAUGAACAAAUAAUCGACAUCGUCAAACUCAUUCAGAAAAGUGCAGCCCAUCAUUUGCAGCUGCAGCCUGCAGCUGCUGCUGCUCCUAGACUUCAGUCGGUAGAGGCCUAGCUAGCUAGCUUAAUUCAUGAUCCACCAUAUAUAUAUAUACACACCACCAUACACUCAUAUUUACUACUCCAUAAUUAUAUAUAUAUAUAUAUAUAUAUCAUGAAUUGAAGCUAAGCUAUAUUGUAUGUUCACAUCAGAUAGGAUCAUUAUAUAGAACUAUGCAUGGAUUGUGUUGAGAAUUUUGAUUUGGCUGCUAUUAUUAUCUACGAAGCACAUCUUCAAUUCCCUUACAAUAUACAUUGGAUUUCGUACAUGCAUGUGUGAUGCGUACGUUAAGGAUUAAUU